GUCACGAUGAUCCCGCCCCUUGUUGGUAUCUUCCCAAGCCUCAUUCAGGACAACUAAGACAAGCAAGCGGAGGUUGCGGAAGGGUCCUAUCUUCCAGCUGCAGUUAUGGCGGCGCCGUUAGCGCAAUUUGACGAAGACUGGCAGGACUUUUAUGAAUUCAAGCCGGCAACUGGUUCACAGAGUCGUCUUGAUCAGGUCAAUUCAAACGUGGGGGAAGUGCCAGGUCUACUGGAGGAUUUUUCUGAUCUCGACAACAGCUUCUCCGGGGAGAUUGGCAGUUUCAAGUCUAUGGAGGACUUGGUAAACGACUUCGACGAGAAACUAACAGUUUGUUUUCGUAACUACAACACCAAGACGGAGAACAUUGCGCCGGUCAAACCCAUCACGGAAGACAACAUCAUGAAAAACGAUGAAAUUUGGAAUGCAUUAACAGAUAAUUAUGGUAAUGUGAUGCCAGUGGAUUGGAAGACUUCUCAUACUCGCUCACUUCACCUACCAACGCUCAAUUUAAUGGAAAAAGGAAAAAAUGACAAUAUAAAUUUAGACCUAUCAGAUGAUGAGGAGCUGAGGGAACAGCUGGAUAUGCAUUCGAUCAUUGUAUCCUGUAUAAAUGAUGAGCCCUUAUUUACUGCAGAACAGGUGAUUGAAGAAAUUGAGGAAAUGAUGCAAGAAUCACCAGACCCUGAAGAUGAUGAAACACCCACACAAUCGGACAGACUGUCUGUACUGUCCCAGGAAAUCCAGACACUCAAGAGGUCCAGUACUAAUAAUAGUUAUGAAGAGAGAGUAAAACGGUUAUCAGUUGCUGAACUGAAUGAGUUGCUGGAAGAAGUUGAGACUGCCAUCAAGAAUUUUUCUGAGGAGCUGAUUCAACAGUUAGCACUACGUGAUGAGCUUGAGUUUGAGAAGGAGGUCAAAAACAGCUUCAUAUCAGUGCUUAUUGAGGUCCAAAACAAGCAGAAAGAACACCGUGAGAUGGUCAAGAAGAAGAAAAAGUUAAAGAGUGGAAGUCCACAAAAUGGCAAGCAGGAGAGGAGUCAUAUGCCAGGAACUCGCUUCAGCAUGGAGGGAAUCUCAAAUGUCAUUCAGAAUGGCUUCCGCCAGACCUUUGGCAACUCAGGUGGUGAUAAACAGUACUUAACAACAGUCAUUCCUUAUGAGAAGAAGGGAGCCCCGCCAUCCAUUGAAGAUCUUCAAAUCCUCACCAAAAUUCUUCAUGCUAUGAGGGAGGACAGUGAGAAAGUGCCAAGUUUGUUGACAGACUAUAUUUUAAAAGUUCUUUGUCCAACAUAAUUGAAGAAUAUGGUGUUGAUGAAGAAUAAGUCAUUAGUCAUCUGGAUGGAUUCAGUCAGUUCAUAUUAUGACUAGCAGGACUCAUUUUUGUGACUUUUAGUGAAAGACUUUAUUUUCCCCUUUGGGUCUCAUUUUGCCUGUGCAUAGUUUCCAUUUACAGUGAUAUGUAGGUCUUAUUUUAGCAUGGCAAGAGAGACCAAGUAUUUAGAUCAGCUUUUUCUGGUUUGGUAUUUCAUGAACCUUCUUAUCAUGUCAUACUUAAUUUGUGCAGAAAAAGUAGGAAAAAAAGCUACAUAAAAAGGGAAAACUAAACCAUGGUAACGAGUAUAAUGAACAAUUGUAUAGUUUUAAAAGUGCAUAUUGUUUUUAGAUGUGUAAUGACUAUUUUUACAGUGUGUAGAAGAUAGAAGUUUCUCCUUUUCCAGUAGCAAGGAGAGUUGUUCAUUUUUACAUGUAAAUUGUCUAACAAACCUGUAAUAAGUGACCUCCCAGUUUUAAAGGGAGAUUGUGUUUUGUUGGGGGUUCUGAGGACACAAGCUAAGUUGUUUGCACUGAAAUAGUGUAAUGCAUUGCCAAAAGUGUGCAAUCUGACAGGUUUACCAACAUACUGCUAUAACAUUUUUUGGAAACAGUGUUUAAUGAAGGUUUGUGUAUUGGCAGGAUUUCUCAGAACUUUUGAGCAGUUGUCCUGGUUUUUUCUUUUUUUUUUUUUCUUUUUUUCAUGUGGCUGGGAUUGGUGAAGUUUUGCUCCAAACCAAUUUUCCUGCCUGAAUACUUCUAAAAUAUAUUGUGCCCCCUAGAGGUGUCUUGUGGCACAGCCUUAGAUCUGUUGAUUGUCACCAUACAUUUCUCCCUUCCAUCUCAUUCACAUAUCUUCUAAGUAAUAAGCAAACAUUUGCAUACUGUGCAAAAAAAAAAAAAA